GCGAUGUGCGCCAUCUUGAAAAGAAAUAAAAUCACGGGCAAUUCUGGUUGCUCUGAUUCUCUAGACUAAUCACUUUUCUUCUGUAUCAGUAACCCUGUAAUCCUCACGAAAUUACUAUAAUAAGGUUCGGAAUAACCCCCAUUGACGCCAGUUUUGCUGCAGAACGAAGCAAUGGCAGGUGUCGGAGGAGGGAACGAUUUCCAGUGGUGUUUCUCUCAAGUGAAAGGAGCGAUAGACGAGGAUGUGGCGGAAGCGGAUAUUAUCUCAACGGUUGAAUUCAACUACUCGGGUGACCUAUUAGCCACAGGAGACAAAGGGGGAAGAGUUGUCAUAUUUCAGCGGGAACAGGAGAGUAAAAAUCGACCACUUUCCAGAGGCGAAUACAACGUGUACAGCACUUUCCAGAGUCAUGAGCCAGAAUUUGACUAUUUGAAAAGCUUAGAAAUCGAGGAGAAAAUCAACAAAAUCAGAUGGCUGCCCCAACAGAAUGCUGCUCACUUUCUGCUUUCUACAAAUGAUAAAACCAUAAAGUUAUGGAAAAUCAGUGAAAGGGACAAAAGAGCAGAGGGCUACAACCUUAAAGACGAAGAUGGGCGGCUGCGAGAUCCUUUUAGAAUCACAUCACUACGGGUGCCAGUCUUGAUGCCCAUGGACCUCAUGGUGGAGGCCAGCCCGCGGAGAAUAUUUGCGAACGCACACACAUAUCACAUCAAUUCCAUUUCAGUAAAUAGCGAUCAUGAAACGUACCUUUCUGCAGAUGACCUAAGAAUAAACCUAUGGCACUUAGAAAUCACAGAUAGAAGUUUUAACAUUGUAGAUAUAAAGCCUGCCAACAUGGAGGAGUUGACGGAGGUCAUCACUGCAGCCGAGUGCCACCCUCACCAGUGCAAUGUAUUUGUGUACAGUAGUAGCAAGGGCACGAUCCGCCUGUGCGACAUGCGUGCGUCCGCCCUCUGCGAUAGACAUAGCAAAUUUUUUGAGGAGCCAGAGGACCCCAGCAGCAGGUCUUUCUUCUCGGAAAUCAUCUCCUCAAUAUCAGAUGUGAAGUUCAGUCACAGUGGACGCUACAUGAUGACCCGGGACUAUCUCUCAGUAAAAGUUUGGGACCUCAACAUGGAGAACAGGCCAGUGGAGACGUACCAGGUUCACGAAUACCUCCGAAGCAAGCUGUGCUCGCUGUAUGAGAAUGACUGCAUCUUUGACAAGUUUGAGUGCUGCUGGAAUGGUUCUGACAGUGCCAUCAUGACUGGCUCCUAUAACAACUUCUUCAGGAUGUUCGACAGGAACACCCGGAGAGACAUCACGCUGGAGGCGUCCCGGGAGAACAGUAAACCACGUGCCAUUCUGAAGCCCCGGAAGGUGUGCACCGGCGGCAAGAGGAAGAAGGACGAGAUCAGUGUGGACAGCCUGGACUUCAACAAGAAGAUCCUGCACACCGCUUGGCACCCCAAGGAGAACGUCAUCGCUGUGGCCGCCACCAACAACCUGUAUAUAUUCCAGGACAAAAUCAACUAAAAUAAGAGUGGAAUAAAAAAAAAAUAUGAAAGAAAAUUAAAAGAGAAAAGAAAAUAUCGCCCUACCAUCCCCUUCCAGAUAGGCCCCGCCCCCCGGCGCUGACCUGAGGACCCAAAUCUUGUACUUUGCAUAGUUAAGCCUAGUCGUUAAAUCUGUACACGAAACAAUGGCCUUUGUUGUCCUCCUAAUGAAGAAUUUGAUGCACUUGUUUUCAUGUGUAGCCGAGGGAGUUAAAAAAAAAAAGACCGCCUGUUUCUUUCUUUCUUACCUUCUUUCCUUCUUAUUUUCUCUUUCUUUUCUUCUUUCCUUUCUCUCUGGGGGUCCCAAAAUCCAGAACCCUCUCCCACCUUCCUCUCAACCCCACUCUACUCUGGUCUCAUUGAUCUCAAGAAGACAGCCCCACUCCACCCCAAAACAGGUUGAAGCCCAUUUGAUGGAGAGCACUCAAGAAGAGGCAGAAAACUGUCCCAAAGUUAAAUCUAUUUAUUUGAGUUUGAGCCUACUUUUUUAAAUAUUAAAAAACAAUCGGCCAACAGAAAUUUUGGAAUUGCCCCCUUCCCCCCAAGUUAUGUGUAGUCUCUCCUCUGUAUGCCUGGGCCUCUCUGAAAUGACAUUUGUUUGUUAAUGCCUAUUAACAUUCCUCCUCUGGCCCACCGCUCAGGCCUUGGUGUUGACUUUUGAAGCACUUAACAGGUCUCCAUUAUGGUCAGUGGACAGUUAAUGUUGUGAUCCUUUUUUGUCUGUUUUUUUUUCUGUUUGUUUUUGUUUUCCUGUUUUGUUUUUAUUUUUUGUUUUGUUUCAUGUUUUACUCUCUUCUCCAUUUCUCAUGCAUAGUAACAUUUACUCACUGACUGUAUCUAAAUAACUACACCGUCUGGUGUCAACCACUUAAUAAAAGUAACAAAAAUUAUGAUGACGCGUUUUUACAUUCUGAACUGGUGUGUAUGGUUUUAUGUUUUGUUCUGUUUGUUUUGCAUGUUAUGUACAUUGUAGAUGGGGAGAGACAGUGGAAAAUGUGAAACGUCACCCUGCUGACACCUCUAGGCUGCUUCAGGCAUGUUAUUUUUUUCUUUCUUUUUCUUUACUAGGGAGAGAUUCUCGAUUCUCAGUAAUGUACUACUUGAAGCUGCAGCUGCACUUUGGGAACGAGAUCAUUAGCUCUGAUUUGAGUGUCAGUAUUGUCUGUCAACGCUCUUAGAUCCCGCUGAAUUUUUUUUUUUUUUCCUUUUUUUUUUUUUCUUUUUUAAGUCCAGGAUGAUCAUAGAGUACUUGUAUUUUUUUAAGGGAUAUUGCAGCCUUAAACCUCUCCGUUAUUGGGGAAGGGGACAUUCAUAACAUACACAUGUAACCCUAACAAAUAUAUGGUCUUGUCACAUACUCUCACACCCCUACUGCCCCCCCAACCCCCCCUCCUCCAUCCUGUCCUUGCGUAAUCCCCAGCAUUAAGUUUCUUUCUCUGUGCUUGUCCUCGUAUUUGCUGCUAAACGUGGCUCUGUGUAUGGACACCUACAGGCGAGAUCUGAUGGUCUGCGGUAACCCCGGGUGACCGGGAGUGAAACAUGCCCAGUAACUCAGUGCGGAGUGCCUCCCUCUCAAACAAAAGCGCUUGAUUCCUUCUGGCCUAUUGAAGUCGAAUCAGCAUUAUAUGACACCAAUUCAAAAGAAAGAGGAAAAAAAACAUAAGUGCUGCUUGGGUUUCAACAUGCAGCACUUAACACUGGUGUUGGAUCACAUAAAGAAAAUGAAAUGGAAUAAAUAACGGUUGAAAAGUACAAAGUUGUUGUAUAGUUGGUUGUGACGCUCCUUAAAUUUGGAACUCUUGGGUCGAAUUAAGUAUUCUCAUUGACCUUGUUCCUUGUUAAAUAAUGAUGAUGCUAACAUUGUGGAAGUGUAUACACUUGUUUGAUUAUUUUUGACCAAAGUUAAAUAAAUUUUAAUUGUGUUUACCUGA